GGGGGCGGGGGUGGCGCGGUACCUGCUUGGGCUCAGUGACGACCGGCGGCGGCGGGGGCACCGCCUGCACAGGUCCGGCCGGCAUGACGGCGACGCUCAGGGCUGCCAGUCCGCCUCGGUGUAGACGACAGGGUACGGCGUCACGACGAGACCCUCCGCACCGACGCUACGACGAGUCUGCAAGAUGGCGGCUGCCCACGGAGACGCGACGGAGGUCCGAAUGACGUACUUCCGGUCCCGCCCUCUUUCGCCGUGGCGUGCUUCCCUCUCCUCCCGGCGGGCUCUGCGGCAGCAGCUGGAGACGCGGUUGCCAUGGCAGCGGUCUGGGACCUGAGCUAAGGGGUUUCGAGGAGAGUCAGGCGCUGGCGGGGGCCAGGGGGGAAAGUUGCAAGAACUGGCCAGACACCGAAGCUGAGUCUGCGACGUCGGGGCAGGAGCUGUGGGGAUGGCACACCUGCUAGGCAGCCAGGCCUGCAUAGACAGCCUGCGCAGAGACCUCACUGACCUGCAGGGGACCAUCGUGGACGUGUUUUCCCGUGCUGGGCCUGUGCGCUGUCCCUCGUGGAAGUUCCCUGACCGUGUGGCCUGUGACCUUGACAUGGUAGCCCUGCUGGAGCACUAUGACCACGUGCCAGGUGACCCUGAGUUCACGCAGUUGUCCCACACUGUGCUGCUGGAGCUGGUCAUCGACAGGCUCCUGCUGCUGCUGCAGAGCUGUUCCAGCUACCUGGAAAACCUUGGCUUGGAGCAGGCGAUGCCCCGCGCCCGAGAUCCAGGACCCUGCAUGUCUGUGGGGCUCACAGUGCGGCGCUUCUGGAACAGCCUGCUGAGGCUGGGCAAGCUUUACCAACUGGCGGCUCCCCAGAAAAGGCAAAACCCAGGAGAGAUUCUCACUGCCAAGCCCAUGGCCAAAGGCGAGCCUGCCAGGAGCCCUGAAUGUAUGACUGCCAAGUUCAUCAAACCUCCCUCCCCAGUACCAGGUUUGCCCCAUACCUGCCCAGGGCUGCAGACCAUCCCUGUCAGAGUGUCCCUGAGGUGCCCAGCCGGGACAUCCGAGAACACCAAGAGCGUCCACUCCCAGACCAUCGAAACAGCAUUGGUACCCUGUGACGCUUGCACCAGUGUCCAGGGCAGUCUUCGAGAGGUGGGCAAGGUGGUCAUCAGCUUAUGUCAGAGCCAGAACUUGCCCUCAUCCUUGGGCCAAUUCCAGCAGCUGGUACAGGACAGUAUGGGGCUCAGGCCCCUGCCAGCCGCUACCAUGGGCCACUGGGCAGCAGAACAGAGCAAAGACCUGACACGCCUCAGUAAGCACGUGGGGGCCCUCACUCAGCUUGUCGGGCCCCUCAGGACCCAGCUAGAGGAGGCUGAGGGGCAGAAGGAUGGACUGAGGCAGCAGGUGGGCGAGCUGGAGCAGUCCCUGCUGCAGGAGCAGAGGGAGCGACGGCGGCAGACGGAGGAGGCUGAGCGGCACUUGGCACAGUGGGAGUGUGACAGACAGCAGCUGCUCACAGAAACGUGUGACCUAAAGACAAAGGUGGCCACCCUGGAGGAGCAGCUGAAGGACCAGCAGGAGUCCAUGCAGGCUGUGGAGGCAAAGUCUCAGGAGCUGCAGGAGGAAGGAGAGCGCAGGGCAGCAGCUGAGAAGCAGGUGCAGGUGCUGGAGGAGCAGGUGCAGGUGCUGGCAGGGCGGCUGGAUGGAGCUGGCCAGCAGAUCCGCUGGGCCAGCACAGAGCUGGACAAGGAGAAGGCCCGCGUUGACAGCAUGGUCCGCCAUCAGGAGUCUCUGCAGGCCAAACAGCGGGCCCUGCUACAGCAGCUGGACAGCCUGGACCAGGAGCGCGAUGAGCUGCGGGGAAGCCUGGAUGAGGCUGAGCUUCAGCGGGCUCAGGUGGAGCAGCAGCUGCAGACCCUACAAAUGGAGAGAGAGCACAGGCAGUGCCAACUCCAGGCCCAGCAGGAGCUGCUGCAGAGCCUGCAGCAAGAGAAGCAGGAGCUGGAACAGGCAAGCACAGACCUGCGGCUGACCGUCUCAGAGCUGCAGCGGGAGGUGGCCGAGCUGAGGGAGAGGGAGCGACUGCUGGUGGCCUUCCCGGACCUCAACAGGCCCACAGAGGCUCAAAUCGAAAGCUCUGGCGAUGUUACCUACGACAUGGAGAGGCAAGUGCAGGCCAACAAUAUCCGUAUCCAGGUACUGAAGGAGGAGAAUGGGCGACUCCAGUCAAUGCUGACCAAAAUCCAAGAGGUGGCCCAGCAGGGAGGCCUCAAGCUGAUCCCACAGGACCAGCUCUGGUCCCCUCCCCACAAGGACAUCCAGGGAGCAGCACCCCCAGCACAGGCCCAGAGUGCAUCCUCUCGGCCUGUGAGCAGGAAGCACCCUCUUGGCAGCAGAACAGGCAGUGCAGGCAAGACCCCGCCUGGCCGGCCUCAAGCAUCCCCAGCCCAGCAGCCCAGCAGCAAGCCUUCCCCAGAGAACAGGACUGUCUCAGCGACCUGUGCCCAGAACCCCAUCCGGGCCUUGGCCAGGCUCAGGAGGAGACUCUCGCCGAGCCGGGGAGCCCAGGCUGCAGGCCAGGAGGGAUCCAUUCCCCGUGAAGAGUCCCCACUGGGGUUGGGGUUAGUCGUCGGAGUAGCGGUUCCCUGCAGCAGGGGAGGAAGAGCAGGAGGGACGCAUCAGGUGGGGUCAGCAGCCAUGGGUCCAGGGACCCGCCUGGCCUAUGGUGCUCACCCAGUACAUUGAACUUGCACAGCGGGCAAGUCUGCUGCAGCAUCAGCCAGGGGUCCACGCAGUCUCUGUGGAACUCGUGCUUACACGGCAGCACCCGGAGCCACUGCAGGGUGGGGAAGAGGGCCUCAGGAUCCAUAUAGGGGCGAGGCCCACGCCCCUCACAAGCUGGGCGCUGAGCAUCCCCAAGGUCUACCCCUCUGUCCUGCUCUUGGCAGCCCUGGCGGGGACUGGGAGAAGGACCUGUUGGGAGUGUUCCAGGGACUCUCUGGAAUCUGAUUGGGGACAUCAUAGGUCAGCUGAUGGCUGAUCUCAUCCAGGUACUAACCUGCUUGUUACAGAAGUAGUCCAGGCAAACAGCACAAGUCUCAGUGCCAGGGUCUGGGAGACCUUGUGCUGCCCUGCUCAGCCGGCAGCGCCGGGUCUUGAGGGAUGCCAGUCUUCGAACCACCUGGCGCUUGAACAGGUCCCCCUGUGGGAAAAGGACAGUCAUAGUCUUCCAGGCCCAGAGGCUGGAGACACCAGGGCUUCCACAGUCUCUCACCUGGCCUCCGGGUUCCUGCUGGCUCUGCCGGGAUGCCUGUCGCUGGGCUUGGACCACGAGGCCUGUGCACAGGAGCAUGGCCACCAACAGGAUGGCAUUCCAUAGCUGCUGCAGGGGCUUCUGCGGAGGGAGGCAGGUAUCAAGGGGCUGGGCCAUGCCACAAGCUUCCUCCAGGAACAUGCACGCUCCGGAAUGCCAAGGGCCAGGCAAGAGACAUGAGACAAGAGAUUGAGGGCUUCUGUCUCUACCGGCUUCUCACUUGUCCUUCUGAAGUCUCCAUCCCUCCACUACCUACUGUGCAGCUUGUCCUGGACCCAGUUACACUGACCCUCAGCAUCCUGCGGCCCCAGCCCCACCCUACCCUUCAUCCUGGCCUGUCCUCAGGCCCCGCUGUGCUCCACUCACCUUCAUCCAGGCUGAAUGGUCACACCUGAAGUCCCUUUCCCGGCUCUGUGGCUCUGCUGUCCUAGAGACCUCACAGCCCCUCCUCCAUCCUGUGAUCGUCCACCCUUUCACAGCACCCACCCAUUUUUCACCACAGGCCGAGGAACCUCACCUGCAAACCUGACCCUGUUGCAUGCCUUCCUGUCUCCAUCUUUGUCCCUUCUCCUUCCCUAUCUUAAGAAACCUUUCAUAUACUUCCUUAUCCUAAGAAAUCUUGGGCUGGAGAGAUGGCUUAGCAGUUAAGGCAUUUGCCUGCAAAGCCAAAGGACCUUGGUUCGAUUCCCCAGGACCUACG